UAAUUAAUUUAAUUUUCAUUUUCCCCCAAAACAAAUAAUUUUGCAGCAGCAGCGGCGCACCAUCGAACUCCGACUUCGAUUCUUCCGCCAUUGUUUCCACCUUCGUUUUCCACCUUUUCCAUUUUCAUCUUCCUCCAUUUUCAUUUCCAAACCCAUUAUAUGAAAUUUAUUACAAUCUUUUGAAGUUUAGAACCCAAUUUCAAACCUUUCAUCUAUUGCACAAACCCUUACCGCGACUCUUGCAAUCGCUCCACCACUAGGGUCGCACGACUAGCCGGAAAACACCGCCUACAGUCGCCUACUGCGCUACUAGCACCACAUAGGGUCGCACGGGUUUUGGGCAUUGAAUUCUCAAUUUUAGUACUACUUCCCUAGCUAUUCGCACAACUUUGCUAGCCUCCACAAGACCACAAUAGACUACUGAUGCAUUCUACCUCCGGCCAACCACUGCCAACAAGACCAGACGGAAAACCCUAACCAGCCCUAUUAGGGUCACCGCAACUAAGCUAGUAGCAGGAUGGCUCGAAAGAAAUCGCAAGUGCACGCAACGGACAAUUCUGAAUGCGAGGAAGAAAGAGGUCGUACUUUGCUCAGAAUGGUUGUGAGAGCUAUUCAGGUUGGCACAAAAAUCCCUUUACAAUGGCAUACAACUCGGAGAAUCCCUAUCGGUGUUCAUAGAGGUCAUUUCUCCAGCUACAUUGGUGUAGUUGUCCGUGAAAAAGUGAGCAUCACCUACAGAAAGUGGUCAGACCUGCCAAAAGCACUUCUUGAUGAUUUGUAUGACAAUAUUUCGAGGGGGUUUCAUAUCCUUGAGGAUCGCAAAGGUUGGAUUAUGAAACAAGCUUGUGUUCGAUGGAGAAAUUUCAAGACUAGAUUAAGGCUCAAGUGUUUGUACCUGAAAGAUGGAACAAUCAAUGAUUCUCCACCAUUGAAAUAUCCUUUCAUAUCUAAAGAUGAUUGGGAAAAAUUCAUUCAGGCUUGUAAUUCUAGGGACUUCAAGAAAUUGAGUAAAAGAAAUCGUGAAAGUUCGAAGAAGAGGACCUCAAAAUAUCGAGGUGGGAGACUUGGCUAUCAAUAUUUUGAAGAAACAAUUGAAAAAGAGCUGGAGAAGCAAGGAGUACAUGUUUCAUACGUGCCUCGGCAUUUGACUUGGAUUAAAGCUCAUUCUCAUGUGAAGAAUGGAGUUUUAACUUUUGAUAAUCCUGCAGAUAAGGAAAUCCAUGAUGCAAUAAUUAAGUUGGAGACGCAAGUUCAAAAAGGUGAAAUACAUGUUACAGGUAGAGAUGACAUCUUAGCAAGAGCGUUGGACAAGCCAGAACGGGGUGGUUCUGUUAGGGGUGUUUGAUCUGGAGUAACUAACACAGAGUACUUUGGG